AUGGAAACAAAACAGAACAGCCACAGUAUAAAGAACCUGAGGAGACAGUGUGGCUAUCAUAAGGGAUUGACUGUUGAUCCUAUUGGAAGAGCAGGUGGUCUCUGCAUUUGGUGGAAAUCAACGGUGGAAAUUGAAUUCUUAGAUGUAACAAAGAAUUGGAUUGAUGCAGUGGUAAAGGUGCCUUCUGAUUCUUUUUAUGGAAGAUGCACAUGGGUGUACGGUACGCCAUACAACAGCGAGAAAGUGGAGUUUUGGGAGACUUUGAAUGCUUGGGGGCGUAAAGAUCACAUUCCCUGGAUGGUUAUGGGUGAUUUGAACGAAAUUUCUUGGCAACAUGAAAAAGAAGGAGGAAAUGGUUGGAAUACUUCCCGCAGAAGAUUCUUAAUUGAAUUUAUGAACUCUUGUAAUUUGAUGGAUUUGGGGUUUAAAGGUCAAGGUUUCACGUGGGAGAGGCUCAUGGGAGACAAUGUAAUCAUGAGAGAGAGACUUGAUCGUGCUCUAGCCAACCCUGAAUGGCUUGAAGAGUGGCAAGGCACUUGUGUCACCCAUUGCACUAAGAUAGGAUCUGAUCACUGUCCUAUCCUUCUUGACAGUAACCCUGCCUGUCGCAGCAAAGGCAACAUUUUCCGUUUUGAAGCGAGAUGGCUACAUGAGGAGGAAUGUGGCAAUAUCAUCAAGGAUUGUUGGUCUGAUGGAGGCUAUGCCAAGAACGAUGUGAAAUGGACCCGCAACUUGCAGCUUUGCAAGACUCGCUUAAUUAGAUGGAACAAAGUCCACUUUCCUAACUGCAAAACUCGAAUAAGGGAGCUGACCUUGGAACUUGAGCAGCUCCAAAAUGAGAACAUUCAGGAUGUCUGUGUCCCCCAGCAAAGAAGUAUCAAAAUUGAGCUUGACAAACUCUGGAACUGGGAAGAGCAAUAUUGGAAGCAACGCUCAAGAAUAUCUUGGCUCAAGUCUGGCGAUGCCAACUCAAAAUUUUUUCACAUUUCAACCAUUCAAAGGAGACAACGAAAUCGUGUAGUUAAGAUUCAAAAUGCUAGGGGGGAGUGGCUUGUUGGUGAGAAAGCAAUCAAGAAUGAAUUCUUUCAUUUCUUUCGUGACUUAUUCACUACUUCUGGGCCUCGAGAUUGGUCUGAAAUUCUCAGUAAAGUGGACUCCACCAUCACCACAGAGAUGAAUGCCACACUUCUUGCCCCUUUCACGGAAGAGGAGAUUAAAUUAGCUACGCACCAACUUGGAGCUGACAAGGCACCUGGCCCUGACGGCUUCCCAGGAAUGUUCUACAAAUUCUUCUGGAAUAUUGUCAAACCCAUUGUCUGUGGCACCACUAGUGAUCUUCAAUUUGGUCGAUGCCGUUUGGAAGCCCUUAAUAAGACUUUCAUUGCUCUGAUUCCUAAAGUCCAAGCGCCAGUGAGCACUAAUCAGUUUAGGCCAAUUGGCCUAUGCAACAACUCUUACAAGAUGCUAAAGUCAUUGCAAACAGACUGA